AUGAUUGCAGAUGUUACCACUCUACAACCUUACUUAACAUCUCAAAGUCUCACCAAUUAUAAAUUCUUACGCAUUCCAUUCAGACAACAUCCAACUCACACAUUCCUCUCUAAAUCGACCAAUCUCGACGAAACCGUCACCACUCUCUCCAACCUCUCAAAUCCAGAGCGUUUCACAGACGCGCUCCACUUAUGCAUCUCCUCCAAAUCACUCCACCACGGACAAAAAAUCCACACUUUAAUCCUCAAAAACCCUAAACUCCGUCACGACCCAAAGCUACUAAGCAAACUCAUCACUCUCUUCUCCGUUUGCCGCCGUUUAGACUUAGCUCGCAAACUCUUCAACGACGUCAAAGACUCAACCUUUCUCACCGAGAAACUAUGGGCAUCGAUGGCGAUUGCGUAUUCAAGAAAUGGGUCACCGAGAGAAUCUCUAAUUGCUUACGUUGACAUGUUGUGUAGCUUCGUGGCUCCUGGGGAUUUCUCGAUCUCCGUCGCGUUGAAAGCGUGUGUUGAAUUGAAAGAUGUUCGCUUUGGGAGAGGGGUACAUGCCCAGAUCGUGAAAGGGGGGAGGAAGGUUGAUCAGGUGGUGGAGAAUGUGUUGUUGAGGUUUUACAUGGAGAUGGGGUUUUUUGAGGAUGCGCGUAAGGUGUUCGAUGGAAUGUCUGAGAGGAAUGUUGUUACUUGGAAUUCGCUUGUUUCGGUUUUGAGUGGGAAGGGUAGGGUUAAGGAGAUGUUUAGUUUGUUUAGGAAGAUGCAGGAGGAGAGGAUUGGGUUUAGUUGGGCGACGUUGACGACGAUUUUGCCUGCGUGUUCGCGUGUGGCUGGUCUUAUGACAGGGAAAGAGAUUCAUGGACAGGUUGUGAAGGCUAGUGAGGGAGCUGAUGUUCUUUUGGUUAAUUCGUUGAUGGAUAUGUAUGGGAAAUGUGGUGAGGUUGUGUAUGCUAGGAGGAUAUUUGAUGGGAUGUUAAGUAAGGAUCUGACUUCAUGGAACGUUAUGCUAAACUCUUAUGCUAUCAAUGGGGAUGUAGAAGAAGAGAUCAGUCUUUUUGAUAUGAUGAUAGAAUCAGGCGUUGAGCCAGAUGGGAUUACUUUUGUUGCUUUGUUAUCUGGGUGUAGUGAUACAGGGCGAUCGAAGAAGCUGUCAAGGUGA